UCUAAACUUCUAUUUACCUCUCUAUUUUUCAUUUGGUGGGUUCGUUUGUAUUACUCUGUGUCAACAGUAGGGUUCAUUCAUCUAUCUGAAACAGGGUUGUGAAUUUUUUUUGAGUUAUCCAUUUUUACUUGAUCAUGCGAAGUACGGAUUUGAUUGAUGGUAUCCAAUGUGUGCAAUUGCAGAUAAUUUUGGAUUGUCUAGUGUGUUUUUGGUUGGGUAUUGUUGGUUGUGGAGGCUAUUGGUCUUGAAUUUCUAUUUCAGUUGUCUGUUGUAAAAUUUGGGCUGUCUACAUUAUCGGCAUGCCUGCUCAUACACCGAGGAUUCCCAGUGGUUGCUCCGUUCUCGUAUGCUGAAAUGUUUGUUUGUAUUUGAUGUGUUCAUAGGUUAUGUCGAACCUAAAGCCACCAUCUACCUUGCAAGGAAUUGGGACUACCAGCGAUGGUUUGUUUGUAUUGCUUCACAUACGCCAAUGUUUAGGCUUCACUACUGCUCACCUCUAUUCUGUUUUCCUUGUGUAGGAGCUACUGCCACACCGCGACAGAAGUUUCGUAUAGGAGAUCGUUCGCGCCGAAUGUGGACACCAUGUGAAGAGGAGAUUUUGGCUAGCUGUUUGGUUGAACUUGUUGCCUGUGGCUGGAAAUCAGACAACGGCUUUCGUGCGGACUAUCUGCAAAAAAUUGAGGACAGCAUCCGCAUUGAAUUCCCAAAUACUGAUAUCCAGGGAACUCCACAUGUAACUUCCAAGAUUUCUGCUUGGAAGAAAAGUUACGACAUUCUCCGCAACAUCCUUGCAAGAACUAGGGUUGGAUUCAACCACGAUGGCACUCAUAAGAUCGAUUGCGAUGACGAGCAAUGGGCGCAGGCUGAUAAAAAUGCACGGGGCAUGCGGACCAAAUCGUGGCCGCUAUAGGCAACCUGGCAGAUGAUUUUUGGGAAGGAUCGAGCUAGCGGAGGUGCGGCUGAAGAAGUUCAAAAAGCUGCUGCAGAAUUGCGCCC